CACCCCCGCGCGCGAUCCACCCGCCCCGCAGCCUCGCCCUCCGCCACGAUGAGCAAAUGAGCGCGAGCGAGGGCAUGACAUUUAAAUUCCACUCUGGGGAUAAAGUGCUGUGCUUCGAGCCUGACCCCACCAAGGCGCGAGUGCUGUACGAUGCCAAGAUUGUCGAUGUUAUUACUGGGAAAGACGAAAAAGGCAGAAAGAUCCCGGAAUAUCUAAUUCAUUUUAAUGGUUGGAACAGAAGCUGGGACAGAUGGGCAGCUGAAGACCAUGUCCUUCCUGACACAGAUGAAAAUCGGAGAUUACAGCGGAAACUGGCAAGGAAAGCUGUGGCUCGCCUGAGAAAUACAGGAAAAAAGAAAAAGCGUUGUAGGUUGCCUGGUGUUGACUCUGUCUUGAAACGCCCCCCCCUUGAAGAAAAAGACGAAAAUGAUGAAAACCCAAUAAGAGGUUCCUCUGACAGUAAUGAAGAAAAGGAUGAAGAACUAAGUGAAGAAAGUGAGACUGAAGAAAAGGCCAAAGUGAAAGAAGAACCAGGUCUGCACGCAAAAAGGGAAAUGGAAGAAAGAACAAUUACUAUAGAAAUCCCUGAAGUUUUGAAGAAGAAGCUUGAGGACGAUUGUUAUUAUAUCAACAGGAGGAAACGGUUAGUGAAACUUCCAUGCCAGACCAACAUCAUAACUAUUUUGGAAUCCUAUGUGAAGCAUUUCGCUAUCAAUGCUGCCUUUUCAGCCAAUGAGAGGCCUCGUCACCAUCAUGUUAUGCCACACGCCAACAUGAAUGUGCAUUAUAUUCCAGCAGAAAAGAAUCGGGGUAAUCGUCGUCGUAGCCUGCCUUGCACACGUGACCCGGCUGGAGUAGAGUCAGACAGUGUUGACCUCUGUAAGGAGAUGGUGGAUGGAUUAAGAAUAACCUUUGAUUACACUCUCCCUUUGGUUUUGCUUUAUCCAUAUGAACAAGUUCAGUAUAAAAAGGUGACUUCGUCCAAAUUUUUUCUUCCAAUUAAGGAAAGUACCACAACUGUUAAUAGGAGCCAAGAGGAACUUUCUCCAAGUCCACCUUUGUUGAAUCCAUCCACACCACAGUCCACAGAAAGUCAGCUGACGACAGGGGAGCCAGCCACUCCUAAAAGGCGCAAAGCAGAGCCAGAAGCCUUGCAGUCCCUGAGGCGCUCAACGCGUCACUCUGCCAAUUGUGACAGGCUAUCUGAGAGUAGUGCUUCACCUCAGCCCAAGCGUCGACAGCAGGACACAUCCACCAGCAUGCCCAAACUGUUCCUACACCUGGAAAAGAAGACACCUGUGCAUAGCAGGUCCUCCUCGCCUGUCCCUCUGACUCCUAGCAAGGAAGGGAGCGCUGUGUUUGCUGGCUUUGAAGGCAGAAGAACGAAUGAAAUAAAUGAGGUCCUUUCCUGGAAACUUGUGCCUGAUAGUUACCCCCCAAGUGACCAGCCACCUCCACCCUCUUUUAUUUAUGGGGCACAACAUUUACUGCGAUUGUUUGUGAAACUUCCAGAAAUCCUUGGAAAGAUGUCAUUUUCUGAGAAGAAUCUGAAGGCUUUACUGAAGCACUUUGAUCUCUUCCUGAGGUGCCUGAACGGGCUCCAACAUCUGACGCUUGCCGCUGCAUAUAACAUCUGUGACGGCAGGACAAGAAUAGCUAAAUUCACAGUGAAACGUUUACGAAAAUGUGCAUACAUUAGAUUGCUUCAGUAGAUGUUAUACUUGUUUCUUAGCAAUACCAUAUUUUAUGAUUCUGAGUAUUAAGCAAUAUUAAUUUUCUGAAUUUUCUUCUUGUGAUGAAAUUGAGCAACUCUGGCAAAUUUUAGUUUUGCUGGGAAACUGCAGAGUAGUCCUAAAAUAUCUUAGAGGAGUUGAUGAAAUGACAAAAAGCAUUUUCAGCCAUGCAUUUGCUUGUUACAGUUCCUUUUCUGUAAAACAGUAUUUUUGGCGAUCUAAAUAAAGCUUUGCCCGCCUUGUUUGAGAUUUUACAACUAUGCUUUAUUGUGUAAUGAAAGUUAUGUUAUGGUUCCUAUUCUGUAAAAUGUUAUUUUUGAUGAUUUAAAUAAAGCAUUGUCUAUCAUA